GGCGCUCUCAACUUCCCGAAGUUGUUCGGGCUUGCUGAAUAUGCCCAUUGUAUAUUCCAUAGUUGUUUGAAGGUCAAUAUUAAAUAGUUCCUCAGUAGAGUCGAACAGUUGGUUGUGUCGACUAGUUACUAUCGUUUUUGGAAGAGCAGAAAAAGAAAAGCCAUUAGGCUUACGUCUCCUUCUGGUUUGAAACAGCUUGGCUGUUGAGAAUCAGAUCGGGACCCAAGGAGACCCACAGUAAGGCUGGUGCUAUAUGGACUUGUACAUGAUGAAUUGUGAGCUUUUGGCUACCUGCAGCGCCUUGGGCUACCUGGAGGGAGACUUAUACCACCGGGAGCCUGACUGUUUAGAGAGCGUGAAGGAUCUUAUACGUUACUUGCGUCAUGAGGACGAUACGCGGGAUAUCCGUCAGCAGCUGGGCGCAGCACAGAUCCUGCAGAACGACCUGCUACCGAUCAUCUCGCAGCACGGCCAGGACAAGCCGUUGUUCGAUGCCUGCAUCAGGCUUAUGGUGAACCUUACGCAACCUGCACUGCUUUGCUUUGGCAAAGUCCCAGAUGAUCCCACAUUCAGGCAUCACUUCCUGCAGGUUGUCUCGUAUCUACAGGCCUAUAAAGAGGCUUUUGCCAGUGAGAAGGUUUUUGGAGUCCUGAGUGAGAUACUCUACAACCUGCUUCAGCUGGAUUGGGAGCAACGCCAAGAGGAGGACAACCUGCUGAUCGAGCGGAUUUUACUGCUCGUCAGGAAUGUCCUGCACGUCCCUGCGGAUCCCUAUGAGGAAAAGAAUGUGGACGACGACGCAAGCGUCCACGACAAGCUGCUGUGGGCCAUCCAUCUGAGCGGCUUCGACGACCUGCUCAAGUUCCUGGCCAGCGCUCAGAGCGAGCAGCAGUGGAGCAUGCAUGUGCUGGAGGUCAUCUCUCUUAUGUUCCGUGACCAGGCCCCAGAGGUGCUGGCAAGGGCAGGCCAGACGCGGUCGGCGCAGGAGAAGCAGAAGGACGCCAGUGAGCUGGAGGAGCUCCGAGCCAGAGAACAGGCAGAGAAGCACUCGCGCAACAUGCAGAGAGGGUCCAGGCACUCCCGUUUCCGAGGCUCUUACGUGGUGCAGGGACUGAAGUCUAUUGGGGAGAAGGAUGUGAUCUUUCACCAGGGCUUGCACAAUUUUAAGAACUACUCUCACGACGUGGGGAAGGCUGUGCGGCGAGUUCCCAAGAGGAAGCUGAUGGCGAAGGACGUAGAGAAGAUGCGCCGCUCCGCCCUCAACGUACGCCUCUUCCUGCGCGAGUUCUGCAUCGACUUUCUGGACAACUGCUACAAUCGCCUCAUGUACCUGGUCAAGGAGAACCUGACGAGGGAGCAGGCCCAACAGCACGACGAGACCUACUACCUCUGGGCCCUCAACUUCUUCAUGGCCUUCAACCGCUUGAACGGCUUCCAGCCGGACCUGGUCUCCGAAACCCUCUCUAUCCGUGCUUUCCAUUUCAUUGAGAAGAACAUCACCAACUAUUAUGAGAUGAUGCUUACGGACCGCAAAGAGGCUACCUCCUGGUCACGCAGAAUGCACCUGGCCCUUAAGGCAUACCAAGAGCUCUUGUUGACCCUCAGUGAGAUGGACAGAUCUAAGGAUGAGAAUGUUCGCCAGAGCGCCAACGUCAUCAAAAGUAAUAUCUUCUACCUGAUGGAGUACCGGGAGAUCUUCCUCACUCUGCUGCGUAAGUUUGACGAGCGGACACAGCCGCGGUCGUUCCUGCGAGACUUGGUGGAGUCCACACACCUAUUCCUGCGCAUGCUGGAGCGCUUCUGCAAGGGCCGCAGCAAUCUCGUGGUGCAGAAGAAGAAGGCGAAGCGCAGGAAGAGGAGCCAGAAGAAACAGACUGUUCAGGAGAACACGCCAGAAGCGCUGGAGGAGGCCUGGCAGGUCAUCACCCAGGACCUCAGAGCUGCUAGUUUCCAGUUACCCUCCUCUCUGACAGAGGGCGCUGUGCCCUUUGAUGCUGCAUCAGAAACCCCGCUGGAAGAGCAGCGAACAGAGGCCAUGGUUCGCAUCCAGGAUGCCCUGAUUGGCCGCCAGGGUCCCGAAGCCCUCAGCCUGCUCCGUGCUGCCAGAGAGGUAUGGCCAGAGGGGAGCGUGUUCGGUGCAGUGGAUGUGGAACCUGAGGAGGAGCUCGACCUGCUCAAGCAGAUCCUCUUUGCCAACCUGCCCAGGCCAGCUGCAGUGGAUAAUGCCAUGGAGGAGGAGGAUGAGGAGGACGAAGAGGAGGAGGAGCUUGAGUCAGUGAGGGUGUCUGAGACAGAGUUCAACUUCUUGGACUUCAUCAAACGGUUUGCCAACCCGGCCGUGGUGCGUCCCUACAUGCUGCUGCUGCGCACCUACACCCAGAACACGGCGCACACCAACCACUGCAUCGCCCGCAUGCUCCACCGCGUCGCCGUCGACCUCAAGAUGGAGGCGCUGCUCUUCCAGCUCUCCGUCUUCUGUCUCUUCAACAAGAUCCUCGGCGACCCUGCCGCCGCCGCCUAUAAGGAGCUGGUGACUUUCGCCAAGUUUGUCCUGAACCGCUUCUUUGGGCUGGCGGCACGGAACAACAAGGCCUAUGUGGAGCUGCUGUUCUGGAAGAACGUGGGCGCUGUUCGAGAGAUGACUGAAGGAUACUCCAAAGAUGGGGAGGGGGCACAGAAGAAGGUCAAGUGGACUCUGGAGGAGGACGAGGAGCUGCAGAGGCUGUAUGAAGAGCACAAGGACUCGGGAGUUCCUGACAUUGUGGAGACUCUCCUGCCAUUGCUCAGCAACCCCAACCGCAAUCGUCGCCAGGUUGUGACCCAAAUGGUUGUCUUGGGUCUUGUGGACAGUGUUAAGGACCUGAAAAAAGAAAAGAAAGGCACACGUAUUGUCUUGUGGACCGAGGACCAGGAGGAGGAGCUGCGGAUGUUGUUUGAGGAGCACAGGGACUCUGAUGACAUACUGGGGAACAUUCUGAAGCGGUUGACGGCGAAGCGCUCUCGAGCUCGCGUGGUGGACAAGCUGCUCAGCCUGGGCCUCGUGGGCGACCGGAAGGAGCUGUACAAGAAGAGACGACGCCAGGCCCCUGGGAAGAGCGCCGGAAUGACUGAGGAGGACUUCUUUGCUGACCUGAGCGGGGUGCCAAGAGAGGAAGGCUUUGACAGAGAUGAGGAUGAGGAAGAGGAGGAGGAGUUAUCUGAUGAAGAGGAAGAGGAGAGUGAGAAGGAACAGCAGGUGGAGAGCAGGGUGACGCCGGUACAGAAGAAGAAAGGCAGAAGUAACAGGAGCUCGGCAGAGAAAAACGUCAACGUGGAGGCCAUGGUCAGAAGCUUACAGCAGGAAGGCCUGUCAGGACCUCUUUUGUGGCUACAGAACUGCCUGAACAGAGCAGCAGACGAUCGAGAGGAGGAAGGAGCCUUCCAUGCUGUACCUCUGGUGCCCCUGACUGAGGAGAACGAGGAUGCCAUGGACAACCAAAGUUUCCAGAAGCUUCUGAAGAAAGUGGGCAUCCGUGCCCCCGCUAAUGAGCAGGAAUCUUUCUGGAGAAUCCCGAUCACCAUGAGUGUGUACCAGCUGAGGGGGGCAGCUGUGUCGUUGUGCCCCACGGAGGAGCCUUCAGCGGGGGCGGAGACUGCGGAGUCGCCGGAGAGGCCGGAGUCUCCGGAGCCCCAGGACGAGGCCACGUCCCACGAGCAGAGAUCACAGGCCCUGAGGGCGCUGCUGCUCGCCCGCAAGAGGAAACAACCCUCCCCCGGCACCACAGAAUCCCCCACAGCUGAGUCUGUGUCUGGCAGUGAUGAGCAGCAGGGAGCAGGAGCGGCCCGACCUGGUGGGAAGAGGAGCCGUGCGUUGGACAGCGAUGAUGAUGGAGACGAGGACCCCUCUUCCAAGAUGGAGGUGGGCGAUGAGAGAGGGGCUGGUGAUUCCGACGCCGAGGAACAUUCCGCACCUGCCAAGCGUAGACGGCACCGGGUGCUGAGCGACGACGAAGAGGACUAAAACUAUAGCAGUAGACUGCAGGAAGACUCGGCCGAGACGACCUCUGAACCUCACACUGCAGGAGAUGGAGUGUGUGUACCGUUGGAACCACCUCUCCAUUGUUUACCCAAUCAUUUGAAGUCUUUAUGUGAUGUGGCUCCAAGUCCUGGGCCUGACCACAAUAGAAACUUGAUUAGGUACAAACCAACCCCCCCACCCCUCUAGUGCCUGACGUAACCAAUGACGAUGGGUGCUUGCGAAGAUUGCAGUGUCUUUUGUAAUGUUGCUUUUGCGUAAUUGUUUUGCGUUCUUUUUUCAUGUCGCAAUCUACUGCUUGGAAAACGAUCAUGGAUUGUGUUGAGGAUAACAGCAGAAACACAGAACAUCCUUUUGAACAUACUGCAGCUCAUCCCAUAUUCACACAAUACACACUCGAAGACUCAGGAGGGGAUUCUGCUGGACCAACACUAUUUAUUCCUGCCAUGGUGUUCUCUAGACAGGAAUGUUGGUUAGGAAUUUGGAGUGGUCAUUUUAGUACCAGUGUUCAUUCGUUUAUUGGUAAAUGUAAAAUUUCCUUGUCAUUUGUGUGUUUUCUUUUUAUAUCAGUGGUUCAUUCUGCAAGGGAACAGAUUAAAGACCUUGGAUGGUGAUUCCAAAGUGUGUUGUGUUACCAGGUUGGCCAAUUUUACUUUAAAGAUAUAGUUACUUGAACAAAUGAAGGUUUGGGCAGAAAAUCCAACUGUACGAAGCUCUUUGUGUAUUUGGCUUUUCAUUUUAAGAAAGCUGUAGACCUAAAGCUUCACGAACUUCAGGUUAAGUAUAGGUUCCAUGUUCUGAACCUGUGCAUGAUAAAUACAUAACUAAAUAAAUAAAGUAAAACUAUGA